GGGUGAGACCGGAAGUAAACAUCAUGUGACGUGGAAAAUCAGCUGAUCCAGCGUAGACAUCUUUAGUCACGACUACAACGGUUAAUUCAUACAUUCCUGGCUGUAUUUCACUGGUAUUUAAUUAAUUGAUUGAUACAUCGCACUAAAUAAUUUACAAUAUUGUAAAGCAGGUUGCAUUUAUUGUAUUGAAAUCACGGUGUUUAUCUUUUCUUCAAGGAAACAGAAGAUCCUAGACUGCUGCAACCAUGGCGCUCAGCGAUGCCGACGUUCAGAAGCAGGUACAUUGCAAUUACAGCCUUUUAACCUUCACCCGUCUAUCCAUCUGCUGCUCUAUUUAGGCCUUUUUUAAAUGUCCAAUUAUAAAUGAUUGCAACAGUAUAUUUGUAAGGAGCAGAAUUGUGAUUGUAUCAUGCCAAGGCUGUCAUUGAAAAAAAUCUGAAAUACUACUACUAAAAUACAAUCACAAUGUCUAGUAUGAUUAGGACGUUUAAUUGUUGAUAAAUUGAAUUUAGACAUCUAAUUGCAAAAUACAUUUACUCAGUGCUGUAUUUGUGAGGGAGAGAUGCAAUAUAUGGUCACAUGAUGGGAAAACCCAUGGUCAGCUGAGGAACUUGAGUGAUCCUAUGUCUGGGUGUCUUGUCUCACCAACCCUUCUCAUGCACUGUAUAUAAAGUAGAAUUGAUUAGGAGGCUUCAUACAUACAUUACAGUUCCCUCUGUGGUUUAUGGUUUAGAAACAUGUUUUGUUAGAUGAACAUUACAGGGACAAUUAUGAAACAGAAAUGUAAGCUAAACACCAGGCAGACAUUCCACACCACAUGGUGGAACCAAAAGACACAAGUUCAUUAAUGUACAGGGCAAUGAAGCUUCCUAAGUCUGCCUCUUGACUCUCUUCAGUGUAAAACAUGACUUGGAAAGCAUGCCUAAUGAGUCUUUUACUGUCAACUCCUCUCUAAUUCACACUGUUCUAUCCCCCUGUAUAGAUCAAACACAUGAUGGCCUUCAUUGAGCAGGAGGCCAAUGAGAAGGCAGAGGAAAUUGAUGCCAAGGUACAGUGCUCAUUCACAAGUGACUGGCAUAGUUCAGCACACAAAAAUCCAGUGUGUGUUUUCAGCACACACAACCUCAAAAGAUUUGCAUAGGCACAUUCAACUGAAAUGAGAAAGCAUGAUCACUCCUCUAAGACAUAAUGAGAAUUGACUAAAUGAAAGCAAGUAUUUUAGUUGUCCCCUUAACAAUUCUACUGGUUCAAUUCUUCUUAAAAUGUAUCCUCAGUAGUGAGGAAAUGACCCUACCAUCAUAAAGACAGGGCCUCCUCAUUGCAUACUCUGAGUGACAAGUGUCUCCCCCUGCAGGCGGAAGAGGAGUUCAACAUCGAGAAGGGCCGUCUGGUGCAGACCCAGAGGUUGAAGAUCAUGGAGUAUUACGAGAAGAAAGAGAAGCAGAUCGAGCAGCAGAAGAAAAUGUAAGUCACUCUUUUUCUUUGCAGCUCAGGAAGUGUUGCUGCUAGUCUCUCAGCUCCCUCAGAGACUUCUUCAAUCUCUUUUUUUUCUCUAAAGAGGAAUUUCCAUUUGUCUGACGCACAACUUCCUUUAAAUCUUUUAUAUUUGAAAUUUGAAGUCACAUCCAACAGCUCCUCCAUUGUAAGAAGCACAGUAUAUGUUACAUUAGCUAUAGCUUACACCUGCUUGGACUUGUGAUGUGGUCCUGUGCCACAGGCUCUUGUUUACUUGCCUCUCUUCCUCUACAGUCAAAUGUCUAACCUGAUGAACCAGGCUCGUCUUAAGGUGUUGAAGGCUCGCGACGACAUGAUUUCAGUAAGUGGCAUGAUGUUCUACUACAGCAACGCAUUCUAUGUAAAUAAUAGGCUAACCUCUCUCAAUGUGUGCACUCAGGAAAUGUUGAGCGAGGCGCGUCAACGGCUGGCCAACAUAGCCAAGGACCCAGCCAGGUACCCAGCACUGAUGGAUGGGCUGGUUCUGCAGGUGGGGCCUUUUCUUUCUACCAUUGUGUACAAUAAAGUUGGGGGUAUUCAAUACUAUAAUCGCGUUAAGUUAAAAUGGAAAUAAUAAAAUACUUGUCACUGACACGGGUUUAGUGUUUUAUUAGGAUUCCCAUUAGCUGUUGCUAAAGCAGCAGCUACUCUUCCUGGGUCCACACAAAACAUCAAACAUGACAUAAUACAGAACAUUAAUAGACAAGAACAGCUCAAGGAGAACUACAUACAUGUAAAAUAAGACCAAUAGAACCAAAAAAGGUCCUGUACUGACACAACGCUGAGAGAAACAGAGAACUAUUACUAUAGGACUACAUUCAUAAAUUACAUUUACAUUCAGUAGCGUCUAUCAGUUACACGCAUAUACAUAGGCCUACAAGUUAUUUAGGUCAAAGGCGUUGUAAGGUGUUUUUUUAUUUAAAGCAAAUGUUUUUCAUGUGUCUGUUGCUCUGCUGUUGAAUAUCAGGGUUUCUAUCAGCUUCUUGAGACCAAAGUGACCAUCCGCUGUCGUAAACAGGACUUGCAGGUGGUUCAGGUCAGAAUUAACUUUUUCACUCUAUCCUAACAGUUAAAUGUUGUUCAAGUGUAUUUCUUUGUAUGCUGGGUUGAUGCAUGAUUCAUAUGAUGUUUAUGUUGAAUUCCUAUUCAGGCGGCUAUCCAGAAGACCAUUCCCAUCUAUAAAGCAGCAGUGAAGAACAAUAUUGAGGUUCGCAUCGACCAGGACAACUUCCUGUCCCCAGAGAUGUAAGAGGACAAUCCCUUGUCUCAAUGUGAACCCAUUCAUUUCAGAUAGGUUUUACUUUGAAUUAGUAUUGAUUGAUUAACACGACGUCAUAUAAUUUUUUUUUUCUUCUUAUGUGGUCUUUCUAAGGUGUCAGUCAAGGGUUCAUGAGUUAAUUCAAAGAUGUUUGUGUGUCUCCUUCAGUUCUGGAGGUAUUGAGAUCUACAACGCUGAUGGGAAGAUCAAGGUGUCCAACACCCUAGAGAGCAGACUGGACCUCAUGGCUCAGCAGGUAAGGGCACAGGGACAGUCUCACAGGAACUAUAGUGGCACUAUGAACAGCUAGCACAUCUAGUUAAUGGACAGUUUGCCUAUAUAAACAACCAACAGUGUGAAUAUCCUCACAUAAAGCUAUCGGCUUAACACAAUUCUUCAGAUGUAUAAGCUGUGUGAAGUUUUGCACAUGAUUGUACUGCAAAUUCUCAGAUAUAGUUUGGCCCCUUACUCUGUGGUUUUUCAUGAGGUUCAGCUUGGCACUAAUCCAGUGUCUGUCUUUCUGCUCAGAUGAUGCCUGAGGUUCGAGUGGCUCUUUUUGGGCAGAACCAGAACCGCAAGUUUUUGGACUGAGUGUCGCCAUCCAUCAUCUUGAAGAGGAGUUAUUUAUUUUUGUUGUGUGAAAGUUACCAUUCCUGUGUCUGUGAGAAGAAUUCAAAAAAUGCUGUUAAAAAUCGAAAAGACACCGUUUGUCGUAUUGUUGUAUUUCUGUGCAUCUUGGGACAUUAUAAAAGUUGAACUUCAUUGCAGAUGUGAGUAGGAGGAGGUACUUUUGCACAGUGGUAAUGGAUCUGCUGCUCCCCCUGGGGAUCUUGGUUUACACACCGCGGUCAUCUUUAUUAUGAUUGGCUGGAAAGUAAUCAUUUCAGACUGAUUGGAUCAGACUGCAUCAGCUACAAUAGAGCCCAACAGAGGUUUCAUAAUACCUAUAAAACCUAGCGGUCAAACAAGGAGAUGGUUCCAAUCGGUUUUCCACCAUUCAUUUUUCCAAUAGGUGAUUUUAGAAACACUUAAAAUAAGGUGUGUGUUUUGUGUAGGCUUACCCUGGCGUGACGUUUUGAUAACCGUGUAAAUCUCUCUAGGACAAGGUCACUUUU